AUGCAACUUUACACGUCUCUGGAAUCCUCCUCACAAACCCUCCCUCCCCGUCUUCACCCAGGCCGGCCCCAAGGGCUUCAUCCGCUACAGUGCGUACCGUCUGGGCGGCAGCUCCUUCGCUGUGAUUGGUCUGGGGGUGCUGCGCUUCCGCGCUCGCACGCGCUUUCCCGGGUGCUCGUGGCACGACAACGGGCCCUCCCAGAGGGAUGCAGGGAUUCCGGGGAGUGUGGAGGCAUGGAGAUGUCCUAUCGUGCCGGGCCCAAGGGGUUCAUCCGCUACAGUGCGUACCGGCUGGGCGGCAGCUCCUUCGCUGUGAUUGGUCUGGGGGCGCUGCGCCUCCGCGCUCGCACGCGCUUCCCGGGGUGCUCAUGGCACGACAACGGGGCCGCCCCGGGGGAUGCGGGGAUUCCUGGGAGUGUGGAGGUGUUUUAUCCGGGGGAGCACCACGACUUGGAGUAUGAAACGGUGGUGCUCAAAUGCUUUCUCAGAGUUGACACUCAUGCCUCUCAAGGGGGCAAGCUGCUGCUGCAGGUCCAAGUGCAAGCCACCCAUGGCUCGCGGGUCAUAUCAGUCAACACACAGCAGCUAGUCGCCUACCACGAGCCGCCCAACGCCUUCCCAGUCUCCCUGGAACCGCAUCCCCCUUAUAAGCACCGCGUCGCGUUCUGCUCGCCGCCAGUACACUCGGAACUGGAUGGAAAGAGGCUGUACGAGUGGUUGGAGUAUCAUAAUCAUCUGGGCGUGGACUAUUCUAUUAUGUACGAUGCAGGGGGCAUUGACGACGAAGUCACUCAGGAAGGGCUACUGGAAGUCAGAGACAUAGGGGACUUCCUGGAGUACGAGACAUGGCUCUAUGCCCAGGUGAUGGUGGUGAACGACUGUGCAUACAGCACGCGCUAUUCAGCCAAGUGGACGCUCUUCUUCGAUCUAGACGAGUUCUUCAACGCCGACGACCCGCCCCCACCCCAGAAGUGGGCGGCGCUACUCAGCCAAUUCUUCAACGCCGAUGACCCGCCCCCGCCGCAAAAGGUGGAAGCCCACACCCACGUGCUGGCGACACAAUUAGACGCCAUGGAGCAUUGGCACAGACAGCUGCAGCGGCUGCGAAAGCGGUUUGCGCGGGAGAGAAGGAUGGAGCCGAGACGGCAGAGGGAGAUGGAGGAGGAAGAGGAGGCCAAGUGGAAGGAGAAGGAGGGGAGAGGCAGGGACGGGGGGAGAGGAAAGGGAGCGGGGAGGGGUUGGGAUGGGUAUGUGGAUGGGAUGGAUGCGAGGAGGUGGGUUGAUGGAGAGGGGGAGGAUGAGGGGGAUGAGGAAGCGGAGCUUGAAGGAGGGGAGGUAGGAGGUGGAGGAGCAGGAGGAGGUUCAGGUGAAAACAACAGAGGAGGAGCAGCGGUGGAGACAGCAGGUGCAGGAGCAUCAGCGGCAGAGGCAGCAAAGCAAGGACUUGCACAUGGCACACGCAUUUCCUUGGAGCAGAGACGAGCAGCAGAGCAGGCUGAGGAAUCAAAGAACCGGCAAAACGGCACGAGAAUCGGAAAAGAAACCGCCAAGGCACGGCAGCAGCGUGUUUCGCGGCAGAUGCGAGAGCAAUACAGGAAGCUGCGGGCGCGGAGAAAAGAGGAUGAGGCGGAGGAAGAGAAGGAGAAGCUUCCUGGGGAGGAGGAGCAGCAGCGGCACCUGCAGCAGCAGGAGGCGGAGCAGCAGAGUCAGAUGGAGGUGAUUCGGGCGUACAGGGAGCAUCUGAAGUGCACUGCAGGCGACCAACGGUUGAUUCCGCUCGUGCUGGAGUCGUACGAUGGGGCCUCGUACCUGUCGUUCGGCACCCUGUGGUGGGACACUGAGAGGUGCAUAGACCCAUCAGAGGCCAAGGGCACGUGGGGCGUUCAGCGCAUGUUCUACCACUGGCCGCACAUCUACUGUCUCAAGCCAGAGCUCUUCCCCAGGGCUGAAAUGUGUCUGGAUUAUUUCGGGCAUCGCAAGUACGCCAUCAACCCGCGGAAGAUCACAGCGCUGCAGAUCCACCGGCCAGUGCUCAACGACUCGUACGGAUUUGAUCUCGAUACCACUGUAGCAAAACUCAACCAUUUUCAGGGCUACGUGCAGCGAGUGAAACCUCUAAAUGCGACUAUAGAGGGUGGGGAUGGUAAUGAGACAGCUAGUGUAGCGCAUGAACAGCAGCCGCCGGCAUUUUGCUCGCAGAUUAUCCACAUUGAUGAGCCGAUUAUUUGGUGGGCGAGGGGGCAAGAGAUAGGGGAAAUUGCUGCUGAGGCCCAGAAGAAUCCUCGCGUGCCUUUGGAUCGCAUUGAGCGGGCCGAAAUGGAAAGUGAGAUGGCUAGAGUAGAGGUUGGAGGUACAGAAUCAUGA